AUGAGAUUUAGGACCGUGUAUCUCCAUUCAAUAACGCUGGUAGGCCGGGCAAGCCCGGCAUAUUUAAAUGUUAUGGUGUUCGCAUCAUACCGGGCCGGAGCUUCCGUUUACAUCCCAACACGUCGUCACGAAAACAUUCCCACAAAGAUGCCGCCCUCCUCCCCAACAUCUCAUUUCCUCCAGCCAUACGUACGAGUGUCUCAGGCACUGCUUUUCAACCCCGCAUACUUCUGGCACCUGGCAGCACUUGUAAUAUUCGCUGAUGCUCUAUUGACUGGGCUCAUUAUUCGAUAUGUGCCAUACACGGAGAUUGACUGGGAAACAUACAUGAUACAUAUCAAGCUGUUCCUACAAGGGGAAUAUAACUAUAGCAAGAUAACAGGUCCUACCGGCGGUCUUGUUUAUCCUGCAGGUCAUGUGCGAAUCCACCAGUUCAUGUACGAUAUCACAGAUGCAGGAAAGAACAUACGACUCGCGCAAUAUGUCUACGGAGGUCUUUACAUCACAACUUUGACCCUCUCCUGCGCCAUCUACAAUGCAGCUGGCAAUGUUCCGAACUGGGUCAUCUUGUUAUUGCCUUUGAGCAAAAGGCUUCAUUCCAUAUUUGCGUUGCGGCUGUUCAACGACUGUUGGUCCGUGGUAGCAAUGCUGGCCUCAGUAUUCGCGUUCCAGAAUGGAAUUUAUGACGUUGGGAUCAUGCUCUUCAGUCUUGCCUUAUCCGUCAAAAUGAACGUUAUUCUAUACCUCCCCGGUCUUCUGGUCAUUAUGUUCAAGCGCAAAGGCCUACUAUCGACUCUAAGCUACAUGUUCACACUCGGGGCGUCGCAAGUUUUGUUCGCCGUCCCAUUCCUCAAAGAAGAUCCCUGGGCGUAUCUCCUAACCGCCUUUAACUUUGGACGGGUAUUCCUGUACAAAUGGACGGUCAACUGGAGGUUCUUCUCUGAAGAGACUUUCUUAAGCAAGGAGUUGGCGGUGACGCUCUUGGUAUUGCACGUCAGCACACUUAUUGCAUUCGGCCUUUUCAAAUGGUGUGACGUCGAUGGAGGGUUGUCCCAUGUACUCUAUCGUGGGUUCAAACGGCCGGAGGAACCAGCAGGGAUUGCGUACGUGACGUCGGAUUUUGUGGCAACUGUACUCUUCACCUCCAACCUCAUCGGAAUUUUGUUUGCUCGCUCGUUACACUACCAGUUCUACUCGUGGUAUGGUCAGCAAGUUCCCUUCCUGGCUUGGAGAACUCGUUACCCCGUUCCUAUCAAAUUGGCAUUGAUCCUUGGGAUUGAAUACGCGUGGAACACCUUCCCUUCUACUACCACUUCGUCUGGUGUAUUACUCGCUUGUAACGUCCUCCUGCUGGCAGGAGUCUGGUCUGGAUAUCCUUCUGGGAGGUUGAGCUAG